AUGGCGACGAGCAGUGAACAGGGGAGGUCUGGCAUCGCCGAUGUGUUUGGUUUUGUCCCACAGGGCCACGAAAAAGCGCUAAAACACGCUUUUUACAACGUUGCAGCCUUACUGUUCGUCGUGUUCACGUGUGUUGCUGCGAUCUCUGUUUAUUUUGUACUCGAAGCCUUUCUUCGACCUCUGCUAUGGGCUACCCUCUGUGGAACAGUCCUCUAUCCAUUCAAAUACAGUCUCACGACGUUUGUUCGAAGAUGGCUGCGCGGUCUGAGAAAAUCUGGGACACCGCUGCUUGUAGGAACAGUUACGAUUCCGAUAAUCGUUCUCAACACCGCUACGGAAUCGAUUGGACAGCUCAUAGCUAGAAAAACUAAACUAUUAUUGGGACUCGCGUUGGGAUUACCUGUCUGUUUUUUACUGUGUUAUUUUAUGGAUGUUGUGUUUCAUUUUUUGGAAGGGGUCACCUUAUUCCUCUAUAACCUCUUAGGAUAUUUUAAUGCAUUAUGGGUCUGGACAUUAGUCAUAGCCUAUCUAUUGGCUGUCAUUUUCUGGUGGAAUCCAGCAUCUGCGAAGUUUUUACGUCCUUUAUCAUUACCAGUAUGGAUAGCAUUCCUCUUUCAUUUGGUAACCAUUGCCGGUGAUUACCGAGUGUUUAUAUUUAUCAUUAUGGUAGCGUUAUUAGUAAUGGGCGUGAUUUCUGAUAUGAAGGAGUCUACUCAACAAGACAGCAUAUUGGGCACGAGUUUGAAGUUUUCAACAAAGACACUUACAGCUGCUGUUGGUUCUAUAUUUAGUGUCGGUAAUGACAGUUCUCCAUCAUCUGGCCCUGACUGCCAAGAUGAAGAUGAGAGCAGAGAAGCAUCAGUAGCUAUGGAAAUGGACCAGGAAGAACAGUACAUUGAAUUACAGAGACCAGAUGAGCCAGAUUCCUUGCAUGACCCACCUAGAGAAACGCCAAAACGAAUUCAUAGUCUGAGAUUUAGAAAAAGAAAGAGAACAUCCAAAUUAAGUGAUCGAUAUUUUUUUGCUCUUAUCUGGGCUUGCAUCUUAGUGCGAAUAUGGCUUCAUCUAUGGAUAAUACAGUUAUUACCAAUUCUGCUUAUUAUCUGGUUAUUAAAGAAAGGGGCAAUGCAUUUCAAUUUAUGGCGAUACUUGGACGACAAAAUUAAGAUGGGAUGGCAUUAUGGAAAGCAGUGGACGGACGGGAGAGACAGCGUGUUGGUUCCGAAACCAAUCAGAGGGAUAGGAAGAUUGAUUCUACGUGGUGACGCAAAGUUCAUUUCAUUUGUUGAAGAUUCAUUGGACAAAUGUAUCAGCAUCUUCAUCAUCAUGUUGCUAUUGGUAACCACAGUACUCGUGAGCUUUCUUCUUGCAAUGCAGGUGCAGGCAGAAAGUAUGCAGUUGGUGAUGGUGACGAGUAAUUUGAUAAAUGCUACUAUAGCAAACCAACCUGAUAUCAAUAAAUUGCUACCAGAUAACUUUGAUAUGCAGAAAAUGGUGGACACUAUGCUAAACAAUGCAUACCUGUAUGGCAGAGAAUGGAUCACAUCAAAGGUGAACCUUGCUUUGAGUGGACAGAAUAUUAACACAUCUGAAAUAGAGAAGGAAAUUCUAGCAGUUUGGGAUAGACUGUAUGAAGAAUGGAUUGCUAAGAAUGUGACAGCAUUGCCGACUAAGAGGGCUUCUGCAUUCAGUCCAUCAUGGAGUAAUUUAUGGGAAAGUUUUAGUAAAAUUGAAGGAAUUGAAUUACAAGUCACAAAUUUUAUUUCUGUUAUUCAGAAUAACAUUGGGACUUUACUAUCGGUGUUAGAAUCUGUGUGGAUAGUAUUAAAAGGCAAUCUGAACUUUGCGCUGACAGUCGUAACUACUACGUUAUCACUGCUACUAGGCGGUGGUACAGCAUUAUUCAACUUCUUUGUGUCCUUGAAACUUGGACAGGCAGUAGAAGAAGCCAUCAGGGGUGUAUUUGGUGCUUCUGUUAAAAUGGCUGCCUUUUAUGGACUUUAUACUUGGUUGACACAUACAGUGUUUGAAGUAAAAAUUGUAUUCAUUCCAUCAGCACUAGCUGCGUUUUUAGGUGCUGUUCCAUUUCUGGGUACAUAUUGGGCAGCAUUGCCAGGAGUUAUUGAUUUACUAGUCCAAGGAGAAUCAGUAUUGGCAGUAUUACUGAUCUUCUGCCAUAUUCUUCCAACAUAUGUUGUUGACACUGCCAUCUAUUCCGAUAUUACUGGAGGUGGUCACCCAUAUUUAACUGGUUUAGCGUUUGGUGGGAUAUACUGUGUUGGACUGGAAGGUGCAUUCCUUGGACCCAUAUUACUGUGUUGCUUACUGGUAGCGUUUAAUAUAUUCACUGCCAUGAUGAGUGAUCCGUCAGCUGUUACAACUCCAGAUACUGAAGGAUUUUCCAAAAAGACGUUGAAGAGGUUUUUCUCCAACUGAGUUAUUGCUCAUAACUAUUGUAGCAUUGGACUCUUGCCUUUAUCCGCCAAGAAUACAAGAUGAUUGGUACCAAGGCUGUCUUGAAUUGACCAAUGAGUAUUCAAGAAUUGUCAUGUUUAUUUUGCAUAACCUGGUUACUAAUACAUUGUUUAUGAGAUUACAGUACAGUGUGCGUACUUGUUUAGAAUAUUAUUUUUUUAAGUUAGUGUGAUUUGCUACAACUGUGAUACUUAGG